GUCCGGCUGUCCGCGUGUCCGACUGUCCGCCCCUCGCUCCUGCUCCGUGGCACCCCCCGGCUGCACCGUGACCCGCUCCCGGUGUUUCGCUCUCCCCCGGGCCUCAUCCAUGGAGCGGCUCCCUGUGGGCAGAGAGCGCGCAAUGGUUUGGAGCCCUUCAGUCGAGGGCCGUCACAACCAUGAUUGAUGUCGAUAAUUAUCACAGAUAAUUAUGGGAUGUGCUGCUCACUGCUGUGCUGUGUCAGGAGAUGGACUGGGACCAGUUUGACCUGAACCCUAAAACAAUUGCUGCCCUGAAAAAAGCUGACAUCAAAUCAGUAAAAGAGAUUUUAAACCUGUCUGGAGCAGACCUGCAGAGGCUGAUGAAGCUCUCCAGUGCAGACACCCAGUGCCUGCUGAAAACAGUCUCUCACACUCUGAGGAGGAACAGCAUGCUCACAGCACUUCAGCUCUACCAAGAUAAAGAUCCUUUCACCUCCCAGCACCAGAAGCUGAGCCUGGGGUGUGCAGUGCUGGACAGCUUGUUGAAAGGAGGCAUUCCUUUGGUGGGAAUCACAGAGCUGGCUGGGGAGAGUUCUGCUGGGAAGACUCAGAUUGGUUUGCAGCUGUGCCUGUGUGUGCAGUACCCUUACAAGUACGGUGGCUUGGAGUCUGGAGCUGUCUACAUUUGUACAGAAGAUGUGUUCCCAAGCAAACGUUUGCAGCAGCUCAUAGACCAACAGCACAAGCUGCGUGCAGAUGUUCCAGCUGAAAUCAUACAGAAGAUCAGAUUUGGAAACAAUAUUUUUGUUGAGCAGGCAUCAGACCUGGACACGUUCCAGCAGUGCCUGACCAGGCUGUCCCCGCUGCUGGCGCGGGGCAUGGCGCGCCUCGUGCUCAUCGACUCCAUGGCCGCGCUGUUCCGCGCCGACUUCGGCCCGGCCGACGCUGCCCUCAAGGCUCGGCACCUGCAGGCCUUUGGGGCUCAGCUGCACAGCCUGAGCACCAGCUUCAGGACUCCCAUCGUGUGCAUUAACCAGGUGACGGACGCAGUGAGCGGGUCGGAAGCUGCUCAGUGCAGUUGCAGGGCAGUGGGCAGCAGAGUGACUCCAGCCCUGGGGAUAACGUGGUCCAACCAGCUGCUGCUGAGGCUGAUGGCCCGGCGGCUGUGGCUGCCCCAGCACUCCCCUGCAGCAGCAGCAGCAGCACCCAGCCCUAGCAGCAGGAGGACUUUAAGUGUUGUUUUUGCUCCUCAUCUCCCUCCAUCCUUCUGCUACUACACAGUGCAGCUGGAAGGUGUAAAAGGAAUAAAGUAACACUUUUGCAUAGUAAAGGCUCCUGCUCCAAAAAUGUACCAGGACUUUGCUUCAGGAAGAAUUACUGGUGAAAUGCAAUUGUUCCUAGAUGAGAGAAACUGAUGGUGAGGUAUGUGAAAAUGGUAUGGCUACAUUUAGCCUUGUCUGCAUUGUGCAGAAUUAUCUUUUUACUCUUGGAUAUUCAGCUUUUCCUUGUGAGAUGAGUACCCUGGAGGUUCUGAAGGAAAGGGAAGCUGUGGUCAGGUGGAGGCUGCACAAUGGAGUGGGAUGUAGCAAUCCCCAGGAUGGGGGAGAUCUGAUAUCUAAUUUUAUUUUAAUAGCAUGCUCAUCUAGAAACAGCAUUUACUGUUGUUUUGUACCCUGUUUCCAGACCCAACAGGACUUGAAAUUCAACCAGGUUAUGUUGCCUGCUGGUGGUUCUGGGUCUCAUGCUGCCAAUUAAGGAUAGCCAUUCUUUGUCACAAAGCAGCUGGCCUAUUUUAAAACCAUUUGUUAUUAAGAUUUUAAAGAAAAUAAUCCCAUAAAGGUACUUUAACAUCUUACUGUAAGAAUUAAAAUUGCACUGCCUUUGUACUAGAUGAGUGUAUCUAGCUUCAUAGCACUCUUUAAAAUUUUUAAAUGGUUCAUUUCUACUCUUUUCCUGCUUUCCAGUCCCUUCCCUUCAUAGCAAAAGCCUCUUUAGUCUCUUUUAUUUGAAGGACAGCAAACCACAUCCCCCAUCCCCUUGUUCUCUUUGCCUAUUGCUGAAGCUCUGUAGCCUCAGGGCAAGCUCUGUGUGUUCUCCCUGAUGCUCUGCCCUGCUCUGUGUUCUGCUAAAUCAGCAUUCUUCAUGGGCUGCUGGAUUGGUGCCUCUCAUGUCCUGUGUCCCUGCUGUGGGCUCUCAGCUCAGCCGUGAUCCUGAAGGGCACCUUCAGCUCUUUUCAUCCAGUCAGAUGCUAUUGCUCUUCUGAGGUGAUUCUUGUUUUUCAGUUAGAGCUUCACAUGGGUUUUCUUCCUGUCUUUUUGCUAUUUGUCACAUUUUUCUGCUGUCCUCAGAUCACUGCCAUGCCAUCCACUCUCCAAUAGCUGAAUUUUUCCUUUGCUCUGUUCCAUGUGAAAGCAAGCCAGGCGGAGUUACACUGUCCAGAGGCCUCUUUUGGGUGCCUGC